CUCUUAUUUUUUUUUGAGUGAUUAUUUUUGCCAAGUCAAAAGUUUGGCUCGAAACAACAAGUUACCAAUAAAAUCCAUCGAGUUGCUGCGUUAUCAUAGCCAUGAGGCUGUUAUGGCUGACAAUUGUGACGGCGUGCUGCUUUUGUGCCGCUCACGCAGUUCUAAGCGGCAAGGAAGCAAAACGUCAAGCAGGUUUUGAUAGAUAUGGACCACCACCAAGACCGGCACCACAGUACGGACCACCACCGCCACAACAACAACAUAUACCACAUCGCGAAUACGGCGUGCCCCAGCAAAUACCCUUCAGGGAAUACGGUCCACCAGCGUUGAAAUAUGGACCUCCAAAGCUGAACUUCUUGGGCGGUGGCUCCUCAUCAUCAUCCUCUUCAUCAUCAGGUUCCUUGCAUGAGCAGGUCAAGACGCACUUUGGCGUACCGGUGCCCUUCUAUGGUCCACCACAUAUUCAGAAGAAGCCUGGACCCCAAUAUGGACCACCUCCACCACCAAGCCCAGUGUAUGGACCACCGCAAGCACAGUAUGGCCCACCUCCACCACAGCCGUCGCCACAAUACGGCCCCCCUCCGUCACCCCAAUAUGGUCCACCAAAGCAAAGGUAUGGUCCUCCUCCACCACCACCAUCGAAGAUACAGUUCGGCGGCCCUCAGCCAUUGCCUGCACCUCAUCCGGCGCCAUUGUUUAAGCCAGCCCAUCAGCCAGCGACAUCUUAUGGACCACCCGCCUCUGGCCCAUUGAACUUGCCACCUAAACCAGUGUACGAACCUCCACCAAACUAUGGACCUCCACCACUUCCCAUUAGCUUGCCUGGACCACAAUCACCGAACUUCCACAGUGUGCCCCAGUCUUCUGGAGGCCCAUUGCAGCAAGUGCGCAUUCAAAUUGAUGCCUCGGGACACACACACAGUGUGAGCGGCUCCCAAGUGCCAUUCCAUACUGCCUGCGAUGGCUGGAAACCAAUUCCAGCACCUGUCGGCGCCAACAUUGAGCAGCAUCACAUUGAGAGCCAGGGCUACAGUGGUGCAAACAUCAACCAGGGUCACAGCCAGGUCAACACCCAGGGCCAGCAGAUUGUCACUCAAUACAAUUUGGGUGGUGCUGGUGCUACCGGAGGGUCAAGCAGCAUUGUUGACGGCCUUACCGACGAACAGUUGGUGGCUGUCGCUCUUCAAGGCGAUGUCAACAACGUCAUUACAGGUCCGUCAGGUGGCGAUGCUCAUCUCAAUAGCAUUGACUCUGAUGCUUUGCAGAUCACCGUUGAAAACUCGAAGCCAACCGAAAUAUUUGCUGCAGGUGGUCCCAACUAUCAGCCCACAGGUAAUGGCCCAAUUCCUGGCCCUCAGUAUGGACCUCCGCCGCCAGCUCCUCCACCACAGUUCGCAGCUCAAACCAGCAGCCAUGCGCAGUCCUCAAGCCAAUCCCAUUCGCAUUCGCACUCACAAUCAAACGUUAACAUCCAGUAUGGACCUCCCUCAGACAAUCUACUGCCACUACCACAGUACAACGUUGGUCCACCCAAUAAGCCAGUUGCUUAUAGGCCACCAGUUCCCGCUGGACUGUUAGAGUCCAUUGGCGCUACAGUGCAACAUUUGGAUCAAUUCGGUGUUAAGCCGCCUCAACAGUCACCCAACUACAUUCCACCCGCGACCAAUGAAAUUGCUUUGAGUGGUCCAUCAGGUCCACCACCUGCCCCACAAGCUCUAUACGGAGCACCAAUCAACCAGCUGCCUCCACCACCACAACAGAUCAUUUCACAGCAACAGUUGCCACAAGCGCAACCCGGACAAGUCUUUGGACCACCAAAACUUAUCGCUGUGCAACCCUAUAACCCAGCUGCCCGACCACCACCACCUCCAAAUGGUCAUUUCGCACAAGGACUACUGCAACCACCAGCGAUUCAGCAACAGUACUUGCCUCCGCCAUCAAUCUUCGUGCAACAACAGCAGCAUCAUCAACAACAGCAACAUCACGCCGAGAAUAGCUACAGUGCAUCGCAGUACACGCAGCAAUACAUCAAUUCGCAGGGACUUCCCUUGGCCCAACAAUCACAACGUUUUGACUUGGAUCCACGACAAAACACCCUUCACCUUCAGCCCCCAGUGACCGUGCACAACUGCGGCCACGGACCUAAUCUUGUCAGCAGCACUGGCUACGCCGUUCAGCAACAACAACAGCAGCAGCAGCACCAACAGCAACAACAAUUUGGCAGCAUUUCGACGGCUUCGAAUGUUGGCUAUAAUGCCAUUGCACAAAGCAUUCCCCUAGUUGAGCAGCACACUGAGUUCCUAAGUGGUGGCCCUUCUGAUAGUUAUGGUCCUCCACCGUCGGGCAACGAUAUUGAUUUUGAUCAUUCCGGUUACGCUUCUCAAAAGUCCGCAGUUGCCGCUUUGCCCGAUGGCACAGAUCCUAAUCAAUUGCCUGGUCUGAAUGGCUUAGAUGUGAUUUCAGCGCAGAAAUCGCAAAGUAUCCAACUUAAUGCUGGUGCUGAGAAAUCGGCGCAGAACUUUGAAAUUCAAUUUGGCACUUCAUUGAAUAAUGCAGCUGGUAGCGGUAACGGUAACGGUAAUGCUAACAUUGCUAACCCCACAAACCUCGACGAACAUGGUGUUAAUCAUGAGGAGAUUUUGUCCCAGGGUCUACUGCAGUCCAUACUUACGGCAAUUGAACAACCUCAAUCGUCGUCAGCAGGUCCACAGAACCAUAGGGCCCAAAGUCGUUCCGAUGAGCCAUUAGAUGAUGCUGAUGAGGAUAAAGACCUGCAUCAUCACGAUUCCAAGCACGAUGAAUUGCACGACGAGAAUGAUGAGGAACUCCAUGCCAAAGUUAAGGAGAUUGAACCUAUUGUAGCAGCUGAUGUUCAGGAAGAAGCCAAGAAUUAAAUCGAGUCAUUAAUUACUUACUAGUACGUGUCAAUCCAUAACGAUAGAGUUCAUGUCCCACAUUAUCGAUUCGCUUUAAUUCUUUAUUUAUUGCAUCAUUAUCUUUAUCACACCCAUAUAGUACUCUUAUAUUUUGCGUUUUGUAUUUAUCAUUUAAUUUUCCUGAACUCCCUUGUUGGACAACAAGCCAUUAAUAAGUGUCACAGACAUGGGACGGAAACUGAUUUUAGAAAUCAAUCCUUGUGGAAAGAACCACUGAGUCGAUCGAUGGGGAUACAGAUAAAAAACGAAAAUAAAACAAAAUGUCUUAUUUAAGCUAAUUGU